AGCGCGGUGAGUUUGAAACAGCUCGCACUCAGCUUCAAAGCUGGCUCUUGGAAGUUGAGGCAAGAGCGACGCCGACGUGGUAGCAGCCGCCGCUUUCGUCGCGGAAUAAUAAGCCGGCUAGAGUUGCUGAGUGAUGAGUGUGUUAGAAAAUCAAGGUAAUGAUGCUGUGGGCUUCUGAAGAUAUGUUUCUGCGGCAAACUUCUCAUCUGAGGAAGUCUUGAAUGUCUCCUUGUCAGCAUAUCAACUGACAUUUGAGCAAUCUUGCUAAUGGGCUCUACCAAAUCUGCUGAUUAACUAUGGAAGAUUAUACCAAAAUAGAGAAAAUUGGAGAAGGUACCUAUGGAGUUGUGUAUAAGGGUAGACACAAAACUACAGGUCAAGUGGUAGCCAUGAAGAAAAUCAGACUAGAAAGUGAAGAGGAAGGGGUUCCUAGUACUGCAAUUCGGGAAAUUUCUCUAUUAAAAGAACUUCGUCAUCCAAAUAUAGUCAGUCUUCAAGAUGUGCUUAUGCAAGAUUCCAGGUUAUAUCUCAUCUUUGAAUUCCUUUCCAUGGAUCUCAAGAAAUACUUAGAUUCCAUCCCUCCUGGUCAGUUCAUGGAUUCUUCACUUGUUAAGAGUUAUUUGUACCAAAUCCUACAAGGGAUUGUGUUUUGCCACUCCAGAAGAGUUCUGCACAGAGACUUAAAACCUCAAAAUCUAUUGAUUGAUGACAAAGGAACAAUUAAAUUGGCUGAUUUUGGCCUUGCCCGAGCUUUUGGAAUACCUAUUAGAGUAUACACACAUGAGGUGGUAACACUCUGGUAUAGAUCUCCAGAAGUAUUGCUGGGGUCAGCUCGCUACUCAACUCCAGUUGACAUUUGGAGUAUAGGCACCAUAUUUGCAGAAUUAGCAACCAAGAAACCACUUUUCCAUGGGGAUUCAGAAAUCGAUCAACUCUUCAGAAUUUUCAGAGCUUUGGGCACUCCCAAUAAUGAAGUGUGGCCAGAAGUGGAAUCUUUACAAGACUAUAAGAAUACAUUUCCCAAGUGGAAACCAGGAAGCCUGGCAUCCCAUGUUAAAAACUUGGAUGAAAAUGGCUUGGAUCUGCUCUCGAAAAUGUUAGUCUAUGAUCCUGCCAAACGAAUUUCUGGCAAAAUGGCACUGAAUCAUCCAUAUUUUAAUGAUUUGGACAAUCAGAUUAAGAAGAUGUAACUUUCUGACAAAGAGUUUCCACAUAUCAAGAACAGAUAGUUAUAUGUUUACUGUUAACUUUGUCUGUUUUUGUUUUGUGUAUUUUUCUUUUCUUUGUUGUAAACUUAAGCUGUACUUCAUCUUCUGAUUUCAAAAGUGUAACUUAAAAAUGUAAAUAUUGUUCUAUAUGAAUUUAAAUAUAAUUCUGUAUAUGUUUAUAGAUCUCACUGUAACAACUAUUUGUGUUACCAUAAUAAAACUAUAAAUCUA